AUGUCGGGAGCUGCUGCUAGGGAGUUCACUGCCAGCAGCAGCUUCUCUUCUGUGAGCAACACACCUAGGGAGGUGGAGGAAGAGUUCUUGCAGUACCACAUCAAGCCACUCCUCGGUGGCCCGAUGGAGAUGCGAAACGACGGCGAUCUCCAACGCGUCACCGGCGCCGGCCCCUCGGAGCCGCCGCCUGCACCACCGCCACCGACUGUGAAGAAGAAGAGAAGCCUUCCGGGGACACCAGACCCGAGCGCGGAGGUGAUCGCGCUGUCGCCGCGGACGCUGAUGGCGACGAACCGGUUCGUGUGCGAGAUCUGCCACAAGGGUUUCCAGCGGGACCAGAACCUGCAGCUGCACCGGCGCGGGCACAACCUGCCGUGGAAGCUGCGGCAGCGCGGCGGAGGUGCGGACGGCCCUGGAGGCGGUGGCGGGCCGCCGAGGAAGCGGGUGUACGUGUGCCCGGAGGCGUCGUGCGUGCACCACAACCCGGCGCGCGCGCUGGGGGACCUGACGGGGAUCAAGAAGCACUACUGCCGGAAGCACGGGGAGAAGAAGUGGAAGUGCGAGCGCUGCGCCAAGCGCUACGCCGUGCACUCCGACUGGAAGGCGCACGCCAAGGUCUGCGGCACCCGCGAGUACAAGUGCGACUGCGGCACCGUCUUCUCCAGGCGAGACAGCUUCGUGACGCACAGGGCCUUCUGCGACGCCCUAGCCCAGGAGAACAACAAGCUAUCGCAGCCCAUGAACAUGGCGACGGUGGCCUCCGCCCUCCAGGGCCAAGCCGCACCCCACCACCUGGCGCCGCCAUCGUCGUCCCAGCCCGACGAAGACCUCGACGCCGCCGCCUGCGAGGACGACGACGACUUCGCCCUCGACACCAAGAGCCCGCGUCUGAGGAUGCUCCCCGCCAUGUCCGACGACGCCGGCGCCCCCAACCAGCUGCUCCUGCCGCCGCUCAGCAUGGCCGGGUGCAUGCUCUCCAGCCUGCAGCAGGGCGCCGCGAGGCCCGCGCCGCCUCCACCGCCGUCACCGGCAACUUUCUUCAGCGGGGGCGGCAAGGCAGCUGGCCUCGACGAGCCCAGCAUGGGCGGCGCGUUCUCCCCGGCGGCCGCCUCGGCGAGCAUGUCGGCCACGGCGCUGCUGCAGAAGGCCGCGGAGAUGGGCGCCGCCGCGGGCGGGUACGCCGUGGGCGCGGGCGCGGGCUUCUCUACCGUCGGAUUCGGGCCCAUGCUGGCUGGGCCCGACCACCGUCUCCCCGUCAUGGGCCCCUUUCGGCCUCUGAAGACUCCUGCGGUUCUUGAGCCGUACGAUGGGCUGCCGUUGGGCCAGACGCAGCUGGUAGGCCUCGACGUGGGUAGGCUCUUGCCCGGACAGCAGUUCUACGGCAGCAGCAGCCAUGGCCAUGGGGUCGGCUCCAUGACCAUGGCCAUCGGAUCGCUGAUGCACGGCGGUGGUGGUGGCCAGCAGCUGGAGCACCGGCGGCCGGACGACAGCCGCGUCGUGGAUUACCUCGGCGUCGAGGACCAGAGGAGUUCCUUCAGUGCUGUCAGCCCCUUUGGGCCUUGGGCCUAG